AUGGCCUCUCGACAAGCAAAUUAUUACUGCAACUUCUACGUUGAUUGUAACAUUGACGAGCUUGUUCAAAAAGCCGCCAGAACGGAUGGCCAGGAGAGUCUCACCGAGGCCGAGGCGCUUAUUGUUCUCGACACUCCUUUCGGCGGUUGUAUCCCGGAGGAUCUAAAAUAUCUGGCAAAUCAAAAUCGGUGGUCCCACAAUACAAAGAGGUUAUUCGACAAUGCCCUUAGUUUGAUGCUCACAGAGAUGGAUACUGAGAAGAGAGCGCGCGUAAACGCCGAUAUCGCGUUUGAGCGGAUCAAAGAUAUUAGGAGGGCUGAAUCCAAAAAUUUCACUAAAGAUGAUCUCCUUAACAUUGUGAAGUGCAAUGCGAUAGGAUGGGUUAAAGCACUCAAUGGACAUCUAGAAGAGCAGCCUACGUGGGGAUUUGUCUGUAUACGGACUUCAUUCGGCGAUGACUCAUGGGAGAAGUUCAAGGAAUUCUUCGUCUCUGCUACUGAGUCUGCACUAGUAUUUCCUCGAAACUUCCAUAGGAUUCGUCCUCAAUGGAAGAUACAAUGGGUAGAGGAUCCAGCUAUGGGGAACGCCUCAGUAAUCGACCUUUCACCCCGCUAA